GAAACUCAUCACUCCUCAAUCAUACUCAUCAAUAUCCAGCUAGCUAAUAUAAUCCUUCCUUCGACUCUCCUACAACAAAGUUACUCUUCUCUUCUGUGACGAGUUUUUGUUAUGGCAUUAACAAUAGCAACGGUAGUGCUUAGUAGCAGCUUAUUGUUGAUGAUGAUGCUUGGCAGCUUGUCGGAGGCUCAAAUGGUGCCGGCGACAUUCGUGUUUGGCGACUCGGUGGUGGACGCCGGCAACAACAACUACCUUCCGUUGGCCCUAGCCAAGUCCAAUUACCCACACUACGGCGUUGAUUUCCCUACCAAGAAGCCCACCGGCCGCUUCUCUAACGGCAAGCUCCCCUCCGAUUUGCUCGCUGAGAAAGUAGGUCUGCCGGCCCCGCCCCCGUAUCUCUCGAUCAAGAACAAGAAGGAUAAGAAUGGGUCCAUCUCCAUCCCGCUCACCGGUUUGAACUUCGCCUCCGCCGGCGCCGGCGUGUUCAAUGAGACCGGAAACCAACUGGGAUCGCAUAUUUCGAUGACGGAGCAAGUUGAGGACUUUUCCACGGUAUACUCGAAGCUGUCGGAGGUGAUGGGCAGUGGUGGCGCCAGCAAGUCAGUGGGGAAGUCGCUGUUUCUGAUCGUGAUUGGUAGCAAUGACAUGUUGUCGUAUUACGGAUCCUCCGAUCUUCGGAAGAAGUUCACACCGGAGCAGCGCUUCAAUCAGAUGACUUCCACCCUCAAAUCCCAGCUUGAGAUGUUAUACGGUUAUGGAGCUCGCAGGUUCGUCGUGGCGGGGCUCUUAGCCAUCGGGUGCGCUCCCGUACAAAGGCUCAAUACCAAAAAUUAUGAAUGCGACCAGGAGCUGAAUUCCUUUUGCAACGCCCACAACCAAAUCCUCAGAUCAAUGCUGCAGCAGUUCAAAUCCGACCACAGUGAUCUCAGUUACACAUACUUCGACACCUACACUUUCUUCCUAGAUCUCCUCGACAACGCCGCUAACUACGGAUUGACAGAAACCAAGGCCGGGUGCUGCGGUGCUGGAAAACUCGAAGCCCAGUUCUUCUGCCUUCCUUUAUCAGCGUACUGCAAAGACAGAAGCACCCAUGUGUUCUUCGACAGGCUUCAUCCCACGGAGGCGACGUAUCGGCUUGUGGUGGAUGCCAUUGUUGAUGGUCCUAAGAAGUAUGUGGAGCCUAUGAACGUGAGGCAAUUAGUUUCCACGUAAGCUUAAUUACCUGCAUGGUGCACCAUGCAGUAAUCUCUGAAGGCCAGACAGAAUCCAGAAAGAUUAUCAAAAGUUUGUAUUUAAUUAUACGGUGAGAAGUAACAAAUAUAGUGGUUAGGCCAGCGGACUAGCUAGGGAGAAGUUGGUUUUUUUUAUGUACGUGAGAGAUAAUGUCAUUGUGGAGGGGCAUUUUAAUUAGUUGUAGCUAGGAUUGUGAUGAGGGGUUGUGUCAUAUAAUUCAUCUUUAAUAUAUAGAUUUCUUGCACAAAAGAUGUUUUUUUAUGCGACCACAUACGCAUAUGGAGCUCAUACAUUUGCAGUCUUGUGGCUCUCUGCACUGGGCAGUGCUCCUUCAAGAAGGCUCCACACAUUAAUUAGAAAUGAAGAGUGCGACAAGGAGCCGAAUUCCAUGUGUGAUUCGUAUAACCAAAUACUCAAUUCAAUGCUGCAACAGUUCAGAUACAAACACAAGGAUAUUAUAAGCUGCAUACAGGUCGACAAUUACAAAUUUCUUCGUACGUAGAUGUCCUCAACAAUAUUGCAUUCACUAUGGUUAACAUCAUCAAUUUUCCUCUCCUUUCACAUAAAAUGUUAAAGCUAGUUUGAAUAAUGCGUGUGUUUUUACCUAUCGUAGCCUAUCUCUCCUUCAUGUUUUAGGAUUUACCGAGACCAAGGUCGGUAGUUGUGGGGUUGGAGAGUUGAAAGUUGAAUUCUUUUGCAUUCCCUUCUCAGACUAUCGUGAGGAUAGAAGCAGGUAUAUCCUCUUUGAUAUUAUUCAUCCCACAGAGGCAAUGUAAUGUCUAAUCGUGGAUAACAUUAUCGACAAUCCACCAAAAUACGUAGCACCCAUGAACAUCAGGAAAUUAGUUCCUAGAUUUUUUUCAUUUGUCCUAAUUAAUAAAUUAAAUUGCUCAAAUACCCAAGUUUGCCGCUUAAUUUAUGAAAUGACCAAUUUUGGCAUAAAACGCUCCCAAUUGUAGUUUUUUUGUAACAAAACACUAUAAAUAAAGUGUUUUAUAAGAAAACGCUUACUGCGUUCAUAUAAAACGCUGCUCAACGACCUUUUUACAUCUAAAUGCCCACAAAACUAAUGCUUUACAUAAAGCGCUUCAGUCCGAGCGUUUUCAUGGCGGAGGAGAUUCAUGGGGUGGCGGGGUUUGUGGGGAUGGAGAUGAAGUUCUUGAGAGAGGGAAAUGGAGUGGUACGACUGUGGUGUGGUGUUGGAGUUUGUGGGGUUGUUGUAUUGGGUAACAUACUAACAUUAUCUUUGAAGUUCCAUUUAGGUAGGGUUGUAGAGCAUUGUUUAGUACUCACUGGAGUCUGGGUUUUUGUCAAUUGAUGGAAUCUGCAGGUUUAAAAGGGAACAUGUAAAUAUUUGAUUUAAGGAGUGCAAAAAUGCGUGGUCGGCAGGAUUCGAACCUGCGCGGGCAAAGCCCACAUGAUUUCUAGUCAUGCCCGAUAACCACUCCGGCACGACCACUUGUUGCUUAUUCAUUGGCGGAUUUGAUUUAUACAAGUAUUGACAAAUUGAAUGGGAAAGGCGGGAGGGCUGGGCAACGGUGGGGUCUGGUCCAAACCAGACCAUAUAUACGGUCUAUGGUCCAGACCGAGAGGCUGAAGUAUAGACCACAGACCAGACCAUAGACUUUAAGGUCCGGUCCAGACCACACUUGUGCGGUCUGGUGAGGUCUGGUCUGGUCUGGUCCAGAUAGACCACACUCAACGAAAAAUGAAUAAUUUGUUUUGUC